AUGUCUGAAGCGUUCAACGGUGUUAUGAAAGGGGCCAGGUCACUCCCAAUCACUUCAUUAGUUAGGAUGACAUUCUACCGGGUAAACGAAUACUUUGCCACAAGGAGGGAUUUAGGGAGAAGCAGAUUAGACAGUGGACAUGUGUAUGCGAAGAAACCAAGUGAUACGAUUGAUAAGAAUGCUGAAAAAGCACGCUUUCAUGAUGUUAGGAUAUAUGACACAGUGCGUGGGAUAUUCGAGGUCACCACUGGUUGUGGCAAUAGGAUAGCAGGAAAAGGUGGAAAAUCCUACAUGGUUGACCUCACAGCAACAUCAUGCACAUGUCAGAAACCAACCAUCUUCAAGUUACCGUGCUCACAUAUUCUUGCAGUAUGUCGAGCUCGUAACAUAUCGUACGAUGCUUUUGUGGACCCUUCAUUUCGCACUACAAAAUACGUAUCGACAUAUAAGAAGUCUUUCAUGCCCGUUCCAGACAUGUUCACUUGCGAUCCUUGGAAUGGUCCUACAGUUGUUCCAGAUCCCUCAACGAAGCGUGCAAAGGGUCGUCCGCGAUCAACUCGUAUACGGAACGAAAUGGAUGCACCGUUGACGCGUCCUCGUAACUCGUGUACCUUUUGUGGAUGUAGUGGUCAUAAUAAGAAAACAUGCCCUCGAAGGUCAACAAACGAUCAUGGCGAUGCCGGGCCCAGUAGCGGAGGUUGACGAGUUCACACCAUCUCAUCGACCGGUGUGCAAAACAAAAGGGGUCGGGGGUUGUAGUUUAACAAGCUUUGUAUAUUCUUAUACGACUUGAACUUCUUGUAUGAGU